GCAGGUGCACAUAAACCGUGGACCCGUGUCUCGUCAGCACACCACAACAGAGACUUCGAGAGGGCGCGGGAAAGACAACGUACACGGGACGCGCACCCUAUGAGUGACGUUCCAGCAGGAGCACACACACAACACACGGGGAGUGCUAAAUUAUUCCACCCACCAUUCCCAUUUGAACGCGUGCGUGCAGAGACACAAAGCGCCGAUAGGGUACGUGAUAGUGGAAGCGAUAGUAGACAAGGGGUGUUUGCGGAGUACGCUGGUGUGAUGGGUGGGGGGGGUGUUGCGAUAGAGAGAGGGAGUGUGCGUGAAGGGGCCGGCCUGAGUCUCGCGUUCAGUAGAAGUGCCGGAUCACUUCAACAGCCGGUGCUAGAGACCCCUAGUCACAGUAGUGGUGGUAUGAACGCCCCUACAGGCCGAGAUAAAAUCACAGUUAACAACAUGAAUAACAUAGGUAGUGGUAGCUAUCAAGUAGGGGUUGAUAAAAGGGAGAGUCACAGCAUCAGUGGUAUGCCGUAUAGCAGUACCGGGCGCUUGGCAGCGCCGACACCCAGGAAACAGGCGCAACUGGACACUGCGAAGAAACUCAAGCUCAUGCGUGAAAGCCUGGACAUGGAACGAACCCGUCUGGAGGCUAUAUCGUAUAAG